AUGUGCGAGCAUUGCAGUACGUAUAAAUCGCUGCUGGGAGGAUCGACUACGUAUCAGCCGAAGAAAAGGCCGACGACCAGCGACACACUUUACGACAGGAGAAGCUCCAGUGCUGGUGCCAGUGACAGCUGUUGUUCUUGGAGGCAAGGUUGCUGCGGCGGAGGCUGCUGCAAUCAAAUUAGCUGCUGUUCGACCGAACCGGAACCGGAAAAUCGACCGUCCGAAAAAACACCACCGGUCGGCUGUGGUUACGGUUCCGGUUCCGGUUCCGGUUCCGGUUCUGGUUAUGGUUACAGCCAGUCUGGAAUGACGAGCUACCCCUUGGAAAUGGCUGGCUUCGCAACGCAGGAAAAAGUGCCGUGCGUCAACAUUGCGAAAAAGAUACCGAUGUGUUUCGGAGGCGAGUGCAAAGAUACCGAGGAAUGCGAGAACCGUGAAAGCGACUCGGCACCGAGACAAUCGGACCGAUGA